GCGGAAGCGUGUACUGUCGAGUUAAGAGGACGUGGCAAAAGCUCUCUCACCACAAUCCGCCGCGUAUUCGUCCCAUUCGGAAGAAAUCCUGUCAGAAACCUGUGGACAAAUAUAUAGAAUAUGAUCCAGUUAUUAUUUUGAUUGAUGCCAUAUUAUGUAAAGUUCAAGCAUACAGACACAUCAUAUUUAAUACAAAAUUAAAUAUUCACGUGAAGCUGUGUGUAUUUUGUCUGCUGUGUGAAGCUUAUCUGAGGUGGUCGCAGCACCAAGGAACAGAGCAAACCAGUGAUCCAGCAGACAUCAUCAGAUAUGCAAAAGAGUGGGAGUUCUACGGCAUGUUUGGUCUAGCUGCUUUGGAGCUUGGUGUGUUCCUGGGAGGAGUGCUGGCAUUCCUGUGCUCAGUACAAGGGCUCCUCACUACCAGCCUGGAUCCCCACUUGCUGCUGAAGGCACUGCUGCUGUCCAGCUAUGGGAAGCUGCUUCUCAUCCCAGCAGUGAUCUGGGAGCAUGACUACUCCCCUCUCUGCUUUAGCCUCAUCAAACUCUUUGUUCUGACAUCAAACUCCCAGGCUAUUCGAGUUGUUUUGAACAGCAGCAAAAGGCUCUCCGUCUUUACUGUAUUUGUUGGUUUUCUGCUGGAAACCUCUGCAGCAUACAUCAUCCAAAAAAUUCAGUGGAUCACAUAGUGACAAGCAGGAUGUGCAGCUACUCACGUUUCUCCCGUUACUGGUCUUCAAGAAAUGUCCUUGGCAAAGACUGCAUCCUUUGAAGUCAAACGUUGAAGACUUAAUAAUUGACGCAGCGCCCUGUGGAUUGUGUUCAUAAUAAUGGUCUUGCAAAUUGGAGAACACUGUUACAGUACAGUGUUUAGCUUAGUGUGCUAAUCUUGUGAUGAGGCACAAGCCUUUUAAAGUACAGUGCUUUGCACAGAAACAUUGGACUAAAAGCUUAAGAAUUCAGGUAAUCAGAAAAGCAGCCUGUGGGUUUGUGGAUUGUCGAUAAUGCUAAAAUAAAAAUUGUAUUUAAUAAAAGCAGAACUAAAGUUAUUUCGGAAUAAUUUUGCUCUAGUAAAAGUUAAAAAGCAAUAUUACAUAAUAGUGUUUUACAAGCAAUAAUGUUUCUUUAACUCUUAAAGUAUCUGUCAAAUUUAGACACAUUGAAUUUCUCAAAUAUUAUUGCGUGAUGGUACAGCACUUGACAGAUUGACAUUUUAUCACGCAGUUGGGCAGUUGUUUUGUUCGUCUUUGUCCUUGCACUGUGUGAAAUUCUGUUGAACAUGACUUAUCUCCAUGGUAAUUUAACACAUGCUUGUUUGGAAUUGCAAAUAUUUGGCACACAUUCACUCAAGGCUAUGCCCAGGUCAUUGGGUUCUCAUGAAUCCCCAUAGUUCAUGAUGCAGAUUGUUGUUAAGAAUAUUUUUGCCUUAAAUAUAUGUGUAACUCCCAAACUGAUCAGCAAAAAAGAUAUUAAUUGUUUCUUUAGAAAUACCCUGUAUUAGUUUUAGAAGCAAGGUGGAGAAGGAUUUUUAAAAAUGUAGCUGUACCAAUUAGCAUGUGUUGCAUCAAUUGUUUUAAGUAAGGUGCCUGUUUUAUGUUUAUUAUUCACAUGCUAUCUCUUAUACUAUAUGUGUGUGUUCAAGUAUGGACAUUUUUCUUUUAUAAUUUGGAACCACCAAGAAACAAUGCCAUCCUUAUUUUUAAUCAGAAAUGACCCUUUCUCUUUGUGAUUUUGGUAUCAGCUAAGUAGGAAUGAAGACUUACAUGGUUUCCCCCAAAAUGUGCACUGUGGGGCCAUUUUGCACACAAUGAACUAUGUAGCACCUUACAGAAGAGUCAGCAUUGAUUACAGGAGUGAUACUGUUUUGCCUCCACGCUCGGGUUGCAUCCCAAAAGACCUAAUCCCACUUAACCCUGUCAGCACUCCAGAAUUGUAAGUCUUUGUUAGGCAAUUCCAUGCAAAGUCCGCUAGUGACAUGGAGUCAGAACUGCAGUGCCCGGUCUCUGGACCAUACCUGAGUAAACACCUUUUAGGGUUGAGUCAGCAAACUGAAUAACAUAUCAAGACAUCAUCUUGGAAUUAUGCAGCAGUGGUAUAGGCACUAGAAUGUAGUGUGUACAUAGUGUGACAUAAUGUGCUGCUAAUAAAGAAAAAAGACAAAGGCGGACUUCCAUUAUCCUCAGGCUUGAAAAAAAGGUAUUUAUGUAGAAGUUGUAAAUAGUGAUAGAAGUGAAACAUUAUGAGGAUGUGAACAAUGAAAAUAAAAAUUCAAAAAGUUACUCUU